GUGAAACUUGCAGGGAUAGAGUUGCUGAAGGCUGGAGGGGGCUUUGCUGCCUCUCAGGAGGAGCUGAGGUCUCCGUCGUCUCUUCUCGGGCUGCUGUUCUUCUGAUCAUCUGUCCAUCCGCUGAGGAGCAAGACAAACAGGCUGCAGAGCAAACGGACUCAUCGAGAUCUGUUGUUCUUGGAUUGUAGCAGCUAAUUUGAAAAGAGGCGUAAAGGCUGAGGGUGCUGAUAGGAGACGCUGAAAGUGUGUGGAAAAGGCCAAACAUGCUGGGACAGGGACAGGGUGGUGGAUACCCCCCCGAGAUGAACGAACCGUUACAGAGCAUUGUUGCACCACCUUUGGACAGUACAGAGAAGAAGGGUCUUCAUUUGGGGAUUCAUCUACCAGCCAGCGUUCAUUCGGGACUUCAGCAGCAGAACCAGCUCCUCUUGACUCCAGCGAGUCUCCAGCUCGCUCAGCUCCAAGCCCAAAUUACGCUCCAACGCCUCAAACUGGCUCAGGGAGGCAGCGCCACCACUGCUGCCAGUGUCCUCAAUCAGUUUCUGUCCAAUGUGAACAUGUCCCAGCCUCUGUUAAAUCAGCUACGGACUUCAGCUAUGGUUGGGAAUCCACAGAGUUCCUUCCCCACUGGAGUAAUGGGUUUCCCCACUUCAAAUUCUGCCAUGGGGUCCUUGGUGGGUGGGGGAUUCAACCAAAAUCCAGGCAAUGUUGGGCUGAAUCCUCCCAGUGGAGUGGGAACAAAGGUCCAACAGGGUGGAAAGUCUGGGUCAACUUACCCUUCUGACACCGACAGAAGACUUCAAUACAACUUAGCUGGAGGGACAUCUGUUGAUGGACAGUACACUACUAACAUGAGCAACACUGGUUUUCAGAGAGAUGUCUAUGGGCCAGAUGUGUCGGGACAGCCAUCUGGAUUUACUUCUAAUGAACAAAUGAGUGUUCGUACCACCACUGGGCAUAAGGAACAAUGGCAAGGCCACACUAAUCUAACACAAACUGGAAAUGUGGAUAUGGUAACCAAUCCUCCCACAACAUGGACUAAAGCUGUUCAACCCAUGUGGUCCAGAACAGAAGUGUAUAACCCAGAGGAGCCAACCUCAGAGCCCAAGUCAAAUUGCAGUCUUGGGAAUCCCUCUUUUGGUUCAAGUGGCACACAGGGCUUUGAGAGCUAUCAGUCUCUUCAUGGAAAUGAGGAGACAUUAUCUUCUGGUACCAGGACACUUCAGCCCUAUCAGAUCAACGAUUAUUAUGGCGUUACACCUGAUCAGCUUCCACACCAGUGUAGCAUCUGUGACAAAAAGGUCUAUAACCUGAAGGAUUGGGACCAGCAUGUGAAAGGGAAACUACAUCUGCAGAAUCAAACCUUGUACACAAAUGAAAGCUCAUCGGCAGAAUCAGCUGGAGCUGGUCAGUACAUCGGCAGACCGUCUGAUGGAAGUCUGAAUCCAGGAGGACCCAAACCCAUAGUCUGCUCUGCUGCGAGCCAAGCAACUAAAUCAGCUGUUCUGGCAUUUCUGGAGAUGGCAUAUAUUGAAGCAGCCCAGGCCAUGGUUCAGUACUACCAACUGACUCCGGCUAUGAUUAACAAUCAAAAACUCCUCAUACGGAUGUCUAAGAGGUACAAAGAACUUCAGCUCAAGAAACCAGGUAAAGAUGUUCAAUCAAUCAUCCAAGAUAUUGCUUCACAACGAGAAAGAGAUCACAUGCAAGAAGUUGAACACUACUUGCCAGAGAGACCUCGCUCCCGCAGCCCUAUCAGUCGAUCUCUGACCCCUCAUUCCCACAGCCCGAGUUUUACAUCCUGCAGCUCAGCCCACAGCCCACAAGGAGCACCUUACAGGGGUCCAGAUAGAGGGAGCAAUGAGCUGAGCCCCCACCGAGGCUCCUGGGAUUGUUCGUCACACCUGAGAAGAGCUGAGGACAAAAGAGAGCGAGAUGAGCUUUGGAGAAAUGGUGGUGGUAUGGAUGACGAUCGGCCCAACGGGCGAACAGCUGAACGUCGGAAGGCCUACCAGAAACACUCAGGUCAUCUCAGCUUGAGAUCUGCAGAUGAGAGAGGAGAAAGUGAAGGGAUGAGAAGCAGCAGAGGCCGACACCCACGAGACAGCCCGCAAGGUUUCAGCUCCUACAGGAACAUGGAAGAUGACUUCUAUAUGGAGCAAGUGUACAAGUUGGACAAGGAACUCAGAACUUCUCACCAAUGGCACAAUUCAAAGCCCAAGAGGAGGGAUGGUGGCGACUACCCUGUCCGGUCAAGACAUUCUGAGUUUGAAAUGAGAGAAGAGCUGCCAUAUAGGCUAUCAGAGGACAAGAGGACAGGCUCACCAGGCAGGGACAGGAGCAGAAAGACAAGCAGAAGGCACACGCCUGCAGAAAAACACACACGAGAAAGUGCUUCUGAGAGUACUGAAUGUCAGUCGAAAGAAAAACCAGUUUCACCUCAGCCAAGUCACAAGCCCAAAGAGGAAUGCAACAAAGAUAAAGACAUUGAGAAAAAAAGGGAAAAUAAUGACGACACGGAUGAAGACUGUUGGUAUCCCAAGAACAUGGAGGAGCUGGUGACUGUGGAUGAAGUGGGUGGAGAAGAGGACUCCAUCAUUGAACCGGACCUUCCUGAGCUGGAGGAGUUUGUUUCCUGUCCCAAAGAGAUUGUCGUGGAAGAAUCAAAGGAAAAGCAGGAAUCACCAUCAGCAUCGUCCUUGGAAGUGCUGAAGACAUCUGAGGAGAAAUUGGAGCGAGAGAAGUCCUGUGGCGAUGUAGGAGACCAAGCAUCUGAACGUCUAACUGAGAAAGACGAGGAUGGAGUAUCUGCAAAGAGGAGCGAGGUGGAAAAAAUGAAUCCAGUGACUCCUGAGCGACCAACCAGCAAUAUUGGUGAUUUCCCCAGUGAAGAGUUCAAGGCUGCACUGGAGGAAACCUGCUUGGUGGAUAGCAACGUAGCUAACAAUCAGGGGUCAGACGAACAAAUGGAAAAUCACAUUUGUUUACCGGAGGACAGCAAAAAACAAAGGCCAGUAAUGGAACCCAUUCUUAAUGGAGUACAAGAGAAGGAUUAUGGUCCAAAAAAAGAGAUUGAAGCUUCAUUACCAUCCCUGGAGCAGGACAAAGCUGUCAGUGAACACAGCAUCCCUUUGGGAGUGGAGUUUAUUGUGCCAAAGGCUGGUUUCUUUUGUCAACUCUGUGGACUCUUUUACACCAGCGAGGACACUGCCAAGACCACUCACUGCCGCAGCACUGUACACUACAGGAACCUGCAGAAAUAUCUGUCCCAGUUGGCCGAGGACAGUCUGUCAAAAAUAAUCCCUGAACCAUCCGCUGCACAGUGAUGCCAUCUUAACCUUUGACCUCUGGCCCAGCAAACAGCACAAGAAGAUUUGUGAACACGUGCAGUUUGUGUAACUCGAUGGAAAAUUAAAAUGUGAAACAAAGAAGCUUGAAUUUGUGAACAAUUGCAAUAGAUUUUAUGUUCAGGGG